AUGAGCAGCGAGUGCUUGUUACCUUACUACACCGCCCACAGCUACCGUUCCCAGGGCGUGUUCAAUACCUGCAUGGGGGACCUGCAACGACAACUGUACAAGGGAGGGGAGUAUGAUAUUUUCAAGUACGCACCGAUGUUUGAGAGCGACUUUAUCCAGAUUAGCAAAAAGGGAGAGAUGAUUGACGUACACAACCGUGUCCGAAUGGUGACUGUGGGCAUCGCAUCCACCAGCCCCAUCCUCCCGCUGCCUGACGUCAUGCUGCUGGCCCGACCAACUAAAGUCUGCGAAGAGCAUACCAGACGCCCCCGGCCCGCCAAGGGGAGAGGCCGCAAGCCCCCCAAGACCCUAGAGCUCACCAGGCUCCUGCCCUUGAAGUUUGUCAAGAUCUCCAUUCACGAUCGUGAGAAGCAGCAGCUGCGCCUGAAGCUUGCCACUGGUCGUACUUUCUAUCUGCAGCUGUGUCCCUCCGCAGACGCACGGGAAGACCUAUUUUGCUACUGGGAAAAGCUUGUCUAUCUCCUGAGACCACCCGUGGAGAGUUGCAGCAGUUCUCGGGUACCACAAAGCGGGGAUGCCGCGACCAUAGAGGAUGACAGCAGCCUAUUGACCGCAGAGUUCCGUGGAGAUGGAGAUCAGAAGGAGGCGAGGUUUUGCAAUCUUUGUGAUGUGUCCAGAGCCACUUCUUCUGGUUUCGCUGGGGGAGAGGGAAUGCCCAGUGCAACUCACAUCAAGAAAACUCCAGGGACUGCCGAAGGAGCGGCCGAGGGGGCAACCGCAGGCCUGGCAGUAGCAGGAACAAGCCCCAGAGCAAGCGUGGCAGCAGCGGGAGUGGCAACAAGCCCUGCAGCCAACAGGGCAGCAGCAGGAGCGGGAGCAAAUCCUACAGCAAGCAUGGCGGCAGCAGGAGUGACAACAGGUCCUAAAGCCAACGUGGCGGCAGCAGGAGCGGGGACCAGUCCUACAGCGAAUGUGGCAGCAGCAGGAGUGAGAACAAGUCCUAGAGCCAACGUGGCAGCAGCAGGAGCGGGAGCAAGUCCUACAGCAGGUGCUUUGAGCAUAGCAGCAACCAAGGAUGCGGGCACAGGCCAGAUAGGCGUAGCCAUGGCUGGAGCCACCGCCAAGGGUCCAGGAGAAAGUGGAUCCAGCAAGGCCGCGGCAGGUGCUGCCAACAUAUCCUCAGAGGGCACGAAUGUGGUCUUGGUGAGUGCUGGCAGCUCGUCCUCGUUAAACACUUCCAUGGCAAUGGCAGGGACUACUAAUAUCUCCCGGGAUAGCAGCACCAGCGUCACGUGUACAGUGACAACCACAAAUCCUGCCGUAGAAAGAGCUGAAGACCACGUCUCCACCUUGAAGCGUGAGCGGGAAGGGAACCAGAAGGUCUCCCCACCCAGAGCCGAAUCUCAGAGGGGAAAAAAAGAAAAGAGAGAAAAGAAGGACAGAGCUUCCACAAGGAAAAGUUCCCAUCACCGCAGGACAGGAGUGAGCAAGUCGCUCCGGAAAUCAUCCUCCCACCGGUCAUCAUCGGGCCAUAAAAACGCAAGAGACGACAAAAAAGAAAAAGGGGCGAGCAACGUCAAGGGCAGAAAGCACAGCUCUCACAAGAGUUCCAGCCACAGCGCCGCUGGGAAGGAGUCGAGGACAGCUCACAAACUGGGGAAGAGCAGAUCUGCCAGCUCGGGCACUUUAAGUAAGAAGUCCAGUAGGAUUGGCUCUUUCUUCAGGAGCUUCAGAGUCACUCGUGGUUCAAAAACUGAGGUCACAUCACACGACAGGGAGAUGGACUUCAAGGCUAAGAAGGUGGGGAAGCGCAACAUAGAGGCGACGGUAGAGAAAGCCCCGGGUGGCCAGGACCUGGAGGUCACUGGCAUCGUGACAUCGGAGAUGAUGGAGACGAUCUACAUUGAAACCAAAUCCAAUUAA